UAUGACACUGUCAUGUCUCAUCUGACACUGGCACGUUACAUGAGCAAGUCUCACACCAUUUAGGAAACCUUUACACAAGGAUGUGUAGAAGUGUUUUCACCAACCUCAAUACCCAGGUCACAAGAUUGUCUUAGUUUCAGUCUGACUACUUAACUAUCUGCAUAAGGGUCAAGGACAGCCACACGAACUAUCUGCAUAAAGGUCAAGGAUGAAUGUCGGGAUUUGUAACAAACUCACACAGUACCACGUGACGUUUGCUCGCUUACUGCAGACAGCGAGCAGCCAUAAGUCCAGCAGUCAAGUGACCCCCCAACCAGCGGGCAGCCUGUCCCAGAUGCCCGGCCCUGGGGGGCUGAAGAAGCUGCCCUACCUAGGGACGCGCCUGCUCUUCCAGCCCUUCAGCCGCUUCACGCCCGAGUCUCUAGGCGAGCUGGUCAACUCGCUACACGACAAGUACGGCGCCAUCUUCAAGACGCGGCUGGGCCAGCACUACUCCGUCCACACGGACUCGGCGCGUGACGCCGAGGCCGUCUUCCGGUCAGACGGCCCCUACCCCCUGCGUCGCCUCAUGCUGCUCAGUAAGGUGUACCGGGAACGAAACGGUCUGCCCCCUGCCCUGGGCACCGUGUCUGGCCCCGCCUGGCAGGCCCUGAGAAGCCCACUCAACCCACUCCUCAACACGCCCCAGGUCUGUCUGCACUACCUGCCCGCCCAGAACCAGGUGGCAGACGACUUGGUCUCCAGGCUCCAAGAGAAUCUGAGCGCCGCCUGCCAGUCUGAACUCUUCUUCAAGUUCGCGGCCGAGAGUAUCGCAGUCGUCUGCUUCAACCAGCGGCUGGGCUUCCUGCAGGACUCACAGGGGGAGCAGCUGCUGGCGGCCUUCAAGUUCGUGCUGCACGCGACCUUCACCUCCAUGAUUGGCAUAGAGAGGCGCUACUUGCUGACGUCAUAUGACGCCUUCUACCGGAAGUACGAGGCGGCCAUGCGGUACAUCCGACAGCAAGCAUCGCGCUACGUCGAGAAGGUCAAGGUUGAGGUACAGACAGCAGACGGCAUGGAGUCAAACCUGCUGGCCUCCCUCGUCGUUAGAAGCAACCUCCAGCUGGAGCAGAUUUUGGCCAUCAUCGACUCCAUGCUGAUAGCUGGCACUGAUUCGACUGCCAGAAAUCUGGCCAUCUUGUUGUACAACCUGGCCAGAAACCCCGAGCAGCAGGAAAAAGCCCGGACAGAAAUAGUUGAGCUGAUUGGUCAGGACGGUCCAGUGACGUCAGCAGCCAUGGCCAAGAUGCAGUACGUGAAGGCGUGCCUGAAGGAGUCCAUGAGGCUCAACUUCCCGCUGGCCAACGGCACGGAGAGGAUCCUGGCACGCGAGACUCUGCUGAGCGGCUACCUCGUCCCACAGGGCACCAGCGUCAUCAUGUCCAGCAGCCGCAGCUCUCGUGACCCCCGGCACUUCCCCGAGCCGGAGAAAUUCCUGCCGGAGCGCUGGCUGCGGCAGGACGUUGACAGGAGGAUCGACCCGUUCGCCACACUGCCGUUUGGCCAUGGAGCCAGGAGCUGUAUUGGCCGCAGGUUCGCCGAGAUGGAGCUGCUGGUGGCCAUGGCCAAACUGCUCCAAAAGCUGCGUGUCCAGCUGCUGGAGCCGGAGCUGCGUCUAGAGGUAAUCUACACGCCCUUCAUUACACCCAAACAACCAAUCCACUUCCGCUUCUCAAGCAUCCACUGAACGUUGUCAGCAUCAAGUCAACUUUCGGAUGUGUACUAGAGACAUCGGCGUAGGCAAGGAGGCGCUCGGGGGGUCAUAAAACUCCUCCUAUUGACCCCCAUUCAAAGCUUCAAUGUCA